AUGAUAUUUGCAACAAUUGUUUUAGGUAGUGGUAAAUCUACUUCAGUCAAUUACAUAAAAACAGCUAUGUGUCAACUUAUUGAUUUAUUUCCUGAUUUGUACAAUAAGAAAAUAAAUGUAAAUGAUAAAGUUAUUACAAUGACAUCUGAUGUAACAACUGGUUCCAAUGAUAAUAACACAUUAAAUGAUACACAAUUUGAUACAAUAAAUAAAAAAAAGCCCAUUCAAUUGAUUCUAAUAAGAAAAAAACAAAUGAAGAACAUCGGUGAUUUGUUUGCCAUUACUGAUGAAUUGGAUAGUCAAUUAGUACGUUUAGGUGUCUUUAAAUCAAAUGAUGAUUCAGCAGCACCUGGUUCCAAAUUGCUGACUCAAGCAUUUGAUGGUAUUUAUAAUGAAUCACGUGGAACUGGAACAGCAAAAUAUGUUAUAGAUAAUGCUAAAUUGACAAUUUUUGGUGCAUCUACUGGCCAACGGUAUGCAUUCAACAUGCGUAAUUUUUCACAGAAUAUUGGCAAUGAUGGUGUAUUUGUCAGAAUGUCGUAUUUAGUUAUGCCUCACGGUGGAUCAAAGUCUUUAUGUAAUCGAUUACCAAUUUCGAUACCAAAUGCUCUUCAUAUUGGUCAAGGGGGAAACAGGGGACUUCAAGAC